AUGGAUGCACGGCAGAAAUUAGUUCCAGACGAUGAAUUGAGUGUUGUCACCAACUCGACACAUGAAUCUGACCUAACCAGGCCUGCCUCUCCGACUGGGUUAACUAACUUUACUGGGUCCGUUUGCAGCGGCUGUGAGUCCCCAAUCAUCCCUCUUCAGGCAAAGUUACAGGCAGAAUCAGAUGUUGGCUCUUUGCAUUCAGAGGCCUCUCAGUCAUUGCUUCCUGCAACCGCCAUCACACAGCAAGGACCACAACAACAAGAGCAGGGUGAGCAAUCUGAUGGAGAGGAGAGUCAAAGUCUGCUACCCCAGGGGAACAUGCUGUCAAACAGGGCCGAAGGGGGAGAGGUCGUACAGACAGACAUGAGACAUGGCCAGUGUGAGCCCCUUGCACAUUCAUACAGAGCAAUAGAUGAAUGCAAGAAGAAAUCCAACCGUAUUAACCAACAAAGUAAAGAUAAAUUGAGACUGGAAGAUUCAGAAAAUGAAGUUCCUGUUAAGGGGCUUGUACUAAAAGGUUUUUCAUCACUCAAUGGAAACAAGGCUUCAACUGAACAGAGAAAACAGAAGAAAAGGUCUGACAACUCAUAUUCUACUGACCAUAAAAAUGACUAUACAGGCAAGACAUUUUCAUCAUCUGGGAAAUCACAUAGAGACAGUCAAAGCAGUCAUGGAGCCUCUCAGCAUGAACCUUGCACAUCCAAUGACAGAAUCGACUCCCUGGACAGGCUACAGGCCAGGCUGGACAGACUGGUCAACACACUUGACAAAGCUCCAAGGAGACAGAUGCUGGUGAUGGAGGCAGCAGUGGUCCAGUGUAUCAGCAGCCUGCAGACCAGCCUACACAACAAACUACAGAGGCCAGGAUAUAGCAGGGAUAGUAUGGGCAAUGUGAAGAAGCUCCUGCAGACCACACAAACCAGUCUGACCCGGUUGACAGAACUGCACCGCUCAGAAAAGGUUCUUCUAAACCAGUCCAUGUCACAGUCAAGUCAUCCACAGACACAGUCUAGCCACCAAAAGACCCAGUCGAGCAUGACCUCCAUCAACAACCUAGGGUCCGGGGCCCUGGAGGACCUGGGGCGCAGACAGGCCAAGGUGUUUGGUUUGUUGAAACGACAGAAACUGCUGGUGGAACUGCUGAAAUCAGGGGCAAGAAUUAACAAGAAAUUACAAAAUAGAACACGCAUUAUUUCUGAUGACAUGGCUAACAAUAGAACUACUGGUACAAAUAAUAUAACUGGAGAAAAAAGCUGCAUAAGCAAAUCAACAAUGUCCAAAAUAGAAACAAAUGGCACCAAUGCUAGUGCUUUGAAUUCAAAAGAAGAUUCAGAGAAAGCUCAACCUUCAGACGUCUAUGGAGUCAAAGAUGGAGAUGUAGACUCCAGAGAAGGAAAAUAUGAGAAUAUGAUAGACAAGGAACAGGAAGAGGAGCUGACAGCUGUUCCUAACACUCAGGACUUCAGUACACAAAACACAGCUAGAACCAGCGAUAGAGACCUGUUCUCACAGACAGACUACACAGGACUGGACAAGAACUGGACAUUGAACAACCAAGAUAGCAAAUACAUGGUAAAUAUUUCAAAACAAACUGAGAUAAACAAAAACAACAUAACUCAAAGUAGUAGUGUGAGAAAUGAGGCCAGUUACAGUAGUCAGAUGGCAAUACAAGAGAUUGCACAGCCAUCACUAGAGGCUGGUGAUCGAGACUUGGCAAGACCCAAACGCAGGAAAGAUACUCUUAGUUUGGACACUUGUUGGAAUACAAGUGAUAGUAAGGGAAUGAAAAGGGCAUUUAAAAGUGACAAGAAAUUGAUGGAUGCUAAGAAACAAAAAAAUGUAUCAAGUGAGAAUAGUGGAAAUGCUGAGCCUCAGCGUAGAUCAGACAUGUUAUGGCUUAACCUUCUUAGGGAUUCAAGUAAGACAUCUAUAAAGGAACAGAAAUCCAAAUUAAAAGGUGUUGGAAAAUGUAAUGCAGUACCAGCCAAUGAGAUCCAAGAUAAGAAACAGUUUACAGCUACCAAACUAGAAAAUGAAAGGCAAGUUAUAAAUGAAAAAGUAGACGAAAGAGAAGUCACUGCUACUCAUGUUGUAGCCGACAAUAUUAAUCUUGAAAAAGAUGACAAAGAAAACAGUCCUCAUUCACAGACAGAAGAGAAAUAUGUGGAAGGCACUAACUGUGAAAACAAUGAUGUCCUUACCUCAGCUAGAUCCAAAAAGGCAAACAAUUAUAAUAUAGCAGACACAUUCAGGAAACCAGCUAUAAUGACUUCACCUUUGGAGCUGAACAACAUUCAAACUAACAAAAACAACAACAAUAGCAGACUAGAAAUUGGCUCUCCUCCGAACAUGAGACUUCCCGGAGAGUUGUGGCACAAUGUCUCCCCAACCUGUACCUCCAUGAGUUCGGAUGUGUUUGUGGUCAAGGCAAGUGAACUGGAAAAAUGCAUGAGAAGGAGAUCAGAGUUGCCUGUACAAGGUCCGGAACAAGAACGUUUUGAGAAAUCUCUUCAACAAAGUGUUCUACUUAAAGCGUCUGGUAAUUAUUGUAGAAAAGAUACAAUAUCUCUUGCUAUAGAUUCCGUUAUUCAGAAAUCAAGAGAAUUUGCAGAUAAUGUUUACAGUCAGGAAGAGAUGAGUAAUAGUGAAGCAAAGAUCAGUGUUCAAGCAAGACAGCCUAAUGAACCUGUAACUGCUAAACCAACUUCAAACUGGUUAACAGAGCAGCAAGCUAAGUCAGUUUCUGUAGUAAGCAGUAUCCAGACAAAAACAUCAGGUGAAGCCUUACAAAAGAUGCCUAAUACUUCCAGCCAAGUGCGAGGGGUUGCAAAGAUGAAAAGUUUUGUGCCACAUAAUCAGACAAAACAAUUUGCUGUACCAAUGAUCCAAACUGGUAGUCAGACUCUGCUAUCUCAGAUUGCUGUGUGUCAGCCUCAUGAAAUUGACCAGGCAGUUUUGUCAGGUGAAAGGCAUGUCCCUGAUGUAGAUCUUAGGCCAUUACCCACACUAAAAGGGAUGGUGAAAGCUGGUAGUUUGACACCAGGCAAGAAUGCACUGUCUUUCCAUACACAGGGUAAGAGAUUCCUGGCAUCUCUGACGUCCCAGGGAAAGAUCAAGACGUUGGAUGGGCUCAUUUUCACCACAGCGUCUCAGUGGAUGUCAACUCUGUCAGAUGGUGUUAAGGUCAAGAAGAGGAAGGCUUACCAAAUGAUCCUGUAUAAGGGGAAGCCACUACUGCAAUAUUGCUUUCCUGCAAGAGUUGUGGUCCCUACACCAGGAGUUACAGCCCCUUCCUCUCCAGUCUCCUCACAGGCAGUUUCAAGCAAGGGCACACACAACCAGCAUACAUAUGUUGAUGCAAAGGAUCUCAAGCAUCAGGCACCCCACUCUGUGACAGAAGAAGAGAAAUACCUGAACCAACUUCUCUCCACCAGUCUGGUGAGGCUGCUCACGGAGGCAGACUUUGUGACCAGCAGUGAUCUCCCUGAUAAUUUCUGGACAGAGGAUUAUUCCAAAGUAAAGCUGUCCAAAAAGGUCUGGGAUUCUGUUGAUGACUGGGACUAA